AUGAAGAUCGUGGGGGCGUUCGUGGGGUUCAAGGCCAAUUAUUUCGUCGUGGACGUCGACGAGAACACGACAGUGAGUGAUUUGAAGUGGGCUAUCAAGAGAAUGAGAUUGGAUAAGGUUCCAGGCAACGCAAAUAGGCUUCAGCUUUUUGUAGCCAAGACGAGCGAUGGC